GCUGCUGCUGCUGAUGCCAAGGACACUGCGUAAUACUUGGCUUGGCCACACUUUGCCCUCAAUACCAACAAGAGCACUUGAAUCACUCACUGUCGAUCACCAACCUCUCGACACCUCUCGAAUCCUCUUAGAGCUCUAGAGCAAUUGUGAGUAAACAGGCAGAAGCAAUGCCACAGCUACGCCUCCGCAAACAACCGGGGCCAGCCCAAUCAAGGCCAAAGUCCCUAGAUUCACAAUCACCAACAUGUCCCAUCGUCCCAUCAGCCCGCAUCAGGAGUAGCUUGGGGGAUCAACCACUGCUUGAUGCCUUGCCGUAUCGAUACGGCCCAUCAAGUUCACGGCAAAGCGGCCUCGGCUAUGAGGCCAAAUUCGGCCUCAAUCUCACUUGUUCGAACCAACGCGAGGAUCAGUAAAUACUUAAGUACGGGACUUUAGUUUAGGUAGAUCCAUACUCGAAGAAAACCUUUCUCAAGCUG